GUUUUGUUAACAUGUUAAACACAGUUAGGUAACUAAGGUGCGUGGAUGUGUGUGAGCUCCAGCCAUGAUAUAUAUAAAUAUAUAUAUAUAUAUAAAUAUAAAUAUAUAUGAAUAACGCUUGCUUUGCUGCAUGCUAUCGUUUGUCUCGUUUGUACCCGGUUCAUGGUUUAACGCUAACAAGAUGCUAACAGCUAACGGAGGCGCUCACCAUCACUGAUGUAAUAAGUUCACGUUUUUGAGUUGAAGUAGCGAAUAAUUUAGUUUAAAAAAAAAAGCUUCAAGAAGAACUCUGCGGCUGAGAGAGGUGUGAACCACAGGCAGCUCGUUAAGCCCCCACCAUGAUGCUCCAGGACGGCUCAACGCAGCUCCUCUGCCUCACCGCCAGCAGCGGGGUUCCGCUUUUCACCAGAGGAGUCUCCAAGCAGCUGCCUUUCUCCGUCAUCGGCUCCCUGAACGGCGUCCACAUGUUCGGGGGUGGCCAGGGAGCAGCGCUGUCCUCCUGCGAGACUGAGGGCGGCGGGAAGGUGGUGUGGAGGGUGUUUGAGGACAGCGUGAUGCUCAUCGCUGUGACUGGAGGUGGAGGUGCAGGCGGCAGCAGAGGGGAGCAGCUCCGCUUACAGCGCCUCCUGGAGGAUGUGUGGAGCUGCAUGGUGCUGGUGUUGGGGCAGGAUGAGCUGGCCAGUGUCAGGAAUGUGGAGAGGCUGAAGAGGGACUUGAGGUCCUGCUUCGGCUUAAUAGAUCAGCUGUUGGAGGGGAGUGAAGGUGGCAUUCUGGGUAACCUAACACACUGCGCUGAUUCCCUUCUGCCCCCUAACCCCACUCUUCUUCAGGAGGCCGUGGAUGGCUUCGCUCAGGCUGCGGACAGUGAAUUUGGCUGCCUCAUCGUCCACGGGCGGGUCGCUGCGGCAACUGAGAAGUGGUGGCGCCUGGCACCGCAGGAAGUGGUGCUGCUCUCUGCCCUGAUGCGCUCCCUCUCUGCCUCCGGGUCCACCUCUUGUGAUUACCCAGUUUUCCUUCCUCAGGGCAGCCCCACCGUGGCCCACCGCCUGCUCCGCUUCCAGCUGCUCCCCGGGGCAGAUGUGUGCGUGCUGUGUGGCCCGACUCCUACCCUGCACAGAGCUGAGAGCGGGCUGGUGGUUCGGUUCUGGACGCCCCUGGUGGAGACCCUCAGGGAUUGCCUGGCUGUUGGAGAGCGCUGCUUACCAGGAUCGGUCUCGCUGCGCCCUGAUGUGCUGGCACUUCUCCUCAUCAACCGUGAGACCCGUCGCUCAGUCUCCUGCGUGCGGACUAAUCAUCUGCUUGGUGACCCUGAAGUACCGUCCAAGGCCCGCUGCUGGGAGCUACUGAGGCUCUUCUACAUCUUCAGCACGACACGCUACUUCUCCCAGGAGGAGACUCUGUGUGUGUCCCCAGAGGAGACGGCUCAGAGAGGCGCCGCCGAAGACUUUGUCCUCGGAUUCUCCCACCAGCCGCUGCAGUGCUACCUCGUUACAGAAGAGUGCAAAAGCUUCGGACUUCAGACGCCACAGCACCAGCUCUACCUGCUCAUCCCGCUGUCAGUGCCCACCUUCGCACUGCGUACGGUGGCCACGCAGACUCUUUCUGAUAUAGUUACAGCCACUGGGUUUUAACUGAAACAACUUACUUUGUUGUAACAGCUUAAGUUUCAGUAAACACACAACCUUUAACCUGUUAAUAUAUUCAUUCACACGUGAAUAGCUAUUCAUGCAUGAUAAUUACAUGACGACUAACAUAAAAUAAUCCAUCUUUUGGACUUAUAAUGAUUAACUGACCACUGGUAAGAGAUGUACAAUGCAAAAGGGUUUCACUGUUAAUGGUCUCACCAGGUAUUCUUACUAAACUACUAAUUUAAUGCUGAUGAAAAUAUGAAAACAACGUCCUACCAACGUGAACUGCUUUGAGCUUUGUUUUCCAUUCAAGAAGAAGAUAAAUCACUGUUGUCCAACCUCACUGUUUCUCUCACAGCCACGAAUGCUGCUUAGAUUUACUGAACAUUAUCACCACGACUGCACCGUAUUCCAACAUUUAAGAGAAUCAUGUGAAACUGUAACACUGGGAUGAAUAAGUGCCUGCUGUUUGUUGCUCUGACAUGUGGAAUCGUUUUGCUUCAGUAAUGUUGACAUUAUUUAUUUGUUUGUGCUG